AUGAGUCCCAGCCCAAUCACAGCACUAUGCGCCGGCAAGACAGUCGUUAUUACGGGCGCGGCUCAAGGCCUUAGCCAGGCCGCCGCCGUCGCCUUUGCUGCAGCGGGAGCUAAGCGCAUUGCCAUAGUGGACAGCUCAUGCACUUCAGAUACUAAUGAAAGAGCUUCCCAGGCUGCUACAGAAGCUGGAAGAACAGAACCGGAGCUGUGUUCCUUUCAUCUUAACCUUGGUGAGGCUGCUAGUGUCGACACUAAGUUUGCCGAAAUCCACUCGAGACUGGGACAUGUCGCCAUUCUCAUCGACACGACAGAACACAUCUCUCUAUUUAAUCUGCAGAGAGGAACUAUAGGAGCAAGUAACGUCGAUGUGUGGAAAAAUUGGGAGGCUAGUGUCAAAGAUGCAUGCGUUGUCGCUCGCGCUCUGCUGCCGCUCCUGCUGAAGGGAACCGAAAAGACGAUUGUCAAUGUCAUUUCAGCCAGAUCGCCCUUGCUCCAAUUUACGUCCGGAACGCAUGAUUUGUCUGAGUUAGCUAUGAUGCAUCUCUCUGAAGGCUUGAUGCUCGAUUACGGGAACGAGGGACUGCUGGCAUAUUCGCUGCAGCCAGGUCACCAGGGGGCAAAAGACAUGCAGCAAUCGGUGAAUCUGAGUAAGUGA